GUUUAGUCUUUUCAAAAUUAAAUGAUCAAAGUGUAAACUCAGUAAUAGCUAAGUGACCUUACAUGAAAUUUAGCCUAAAAUUUUAAAACAAGUUUAAGAGGAGGAUCGUAAAAUCAAUAAAAAGGAAAAGAAAAACGCCAAGUUUCAAAGUCCCUCUCUCCGGGGGAAUUAACAGUAACACUCCCGCACAUUUUCUUUUUCUGAAUUAAAUUUUCCUUCAAUCCAAACAGAAAAAAAAAGAGGAAAUUUCCUUUCUCUUUCUUUAACAGUAGUUACAAGAUCUACUAAUCCAGCUGAAUUUAAACGAAGAACUGUUGAUUAUUUUUUUGGUAAAAAAAUAGUUUUUAUUUUUUAGAUUUGGAAGAGAAGGAAUGGGGGACAAGAAGGAGGAAGAAGAGUGGAGUGGAAGUGAGAGUAGCGAUAUCACGUCGGAAGACGAAGGAACGGAAGAUUACCGGCGGGGCGGUUACCACGCUGUGAGAAUCGGCGACACUUUCAAGGACGGACGUUACGUUGUGCAAAGCAAGCUCGGUUGGGGCCAUUUCUCCACCGUUUGGCUCGCUUGGGACACUCAGCUCUCUCGUUAUAUAGCUUUGAAAGUACAGAAAAGUGCAAAGCAUUAUACUGAGGCAGCAAUGGAUGAGAUAACCAUCUUACAACAGAUUGCGGAUGGGGAUAAAGAAGAUAAAAAAUGUGUAGUGAAGCUUUUAGAUCAUUUUAAGCAUUCAGGUCCAAAUGGACAGCAUGUUUGUAUGGUGUUUGAAUACUUGGGUGAUAAUCUUUUGACGCUCAUCAAGUACUCUGAUUAUCGUGGAAUGCCUAUUCAUAGGGUUAAGGAGAUAUGUUUCCAUAUUUUAGCGGGGUUAGAUUACUUGCAUAGGGAGCUUUCCAUUAUACACACUGAUCUGAAGCCUGAAAAUAUUUUACUCCUGUCGAUGAUAGAUCCGUCUAAGGAUCCGAGAAAGUCAGGCACCCCUCUUGUCCUUCCUAAUAACAAGGACAAGACGUUGCUGGACUCUUUAAAGUCCACUAAUGGGGACUUGAGUAGAAAUCAAAAGAAAAAGAUUCGUAGAAAGGCUAAGCGAGCGGCUCAAGGGUGUGUGGAGAAGGAAGUUUCUGCAGCUGCCAAUAUGGAUCCUGAAACGUCUGGUGCAGCUGAGUCAUCUCUGAGUGAAUACACAAAUGUCGAUUCUAUUGAAGAACGUCCCGCUUGUUCUAGUAAUGCCAAUAGCUUGUCCGAUGCUGAUACUACCAAGGAUACUGGUCAAGCAAGUGUAGGUAAUAAGAGAGGAAGCCGCUCGAUGAGGAGGAAACUGUUGGCAUCAGUUGACUUAAAGUGCAAAUUAGUUGACUUUGGUAAUGCAUGUUGGACAUAUAAACAGUUUACUAAUGAUAUUCAGACAAGACAGUAUAGAUGUCCGGAGGUGAUACUAGGAUCUAAGUAUUCUACGUCAGCAGAUCUUUGGUCAUUUGCAUGCAUUUGUUUUGAGCUUGCGACGGGUGAUGUACUCUUUGAUCCUCAUAGUGGUGAUAACUUCGACAGAGAUGAGGACCAUUUAGCUUUAAUGAUGGAGCUUCUAGGAAUGAUGCCACGCAAGAUUGCCUUGGGUGGGCGUUAUUCACGAGACUUCUUCAAUCGAUACGGUGACUUAAGACACAUCCGUCGGUUGCGUUUCUGGCCAUUGAAUAAAGUCCUUAUUGAAAAGUACGAGUUCAGCGAGCAAGAUGCAAAUGACAUGACUGACUUCCUGGUUCCAAUCCUUGAUUUUGUGCCCGAUAAACGGCCUAGUGCUGCUCAGUGCCUUGUUCAUCCAUGGAUCGAUGCUGGUCCCCGACUUUUAGAGCCAUCAGGGUCUUCAUCGAAAACCCAAGUAGCGGUUUCUGAGAAAAAAACGAAGGAGAUGGAUGAUAUGGAGGCGAUGGAGGUUGCAAUGGGGAAUAUUGCCAUAAGUGCAGAUUCUAAACAUGCCAAAGAUCACCAGCCUCCUUCGAAACCCUCCAACGCAGCCAUUUCUUCUUCCAGGUAGGAGCUUGCCUCUUUAUUUUAUAUAUGCGUAGGCUAGUUUUGUGUCUGUAUCUGUGCACGGAACAUGUAAUUCUUUAGAAAAUAUAUUUUUUUUAUAAAAUAUAACUGAAAAUGAAAUUACAUUCAUAUGCACUGGAAAAUUGCUAUUUCUUUUAAAUUAAUUUUCAUUUUCCAGAA